AUGGCGAAACAACCAAGCAUAAAUCCGAAACACGAUGGUGUGAUUAAGGUGCCUGCUCUCAGUAGUUUUACUGAUUGUCAAUCCAGUACAGAAUCAACCACAACAUUUUCAGUAACUGCAUAUACAAAUUCAACACAAAAUGAAACACUAACAAACUUGAUAACACUAUCAACAACAGUUAAUAUAGACCAACAGAACAAUGGCACAAGUAUUAGUUAUCAUUCAACAGAGGAGAAGAUUACAAGUCCAGCUCAAACAGAGCCUUUCUCAUCCAACACAACUACAAUUGCAACAAAAGAGCAUACUACAUAUCUACAAAGUAACGCAACGGAAAAAAAUGAUGGGCAGAUGUCUGCUACCAGAACCUCAGUGUCAAGUGGUGAAGAAUGGACAGAACUCAAGUCAUUAACAACAUUACAGGGAACUACUGACACAAGUACCAAAAUGGCUGCUUCAGAAAAUACUGUAGCACAGUCUACAAGUUUGAGUACAUCUCUGCAAGAUGCAUCACAAGAGCAAAGCUCCACACCUACUUCAAAUGAACUCUCUUCAUAUUUAUCUACUGCUGUGGAAUCUACUCCUUCCACUUUAUUGCAGUCUGCUAAUACAAGCUUACUUACAACAGGUCUGCAGUACUCUGCAGGAGUGUUUAAUUCAACACAGCAGCAUGGCUCACUGAACACCCUAGAAGAGACGCUUCUUGUUGAGUCAGCAACUGAACAGUUUUCCACAGCAUCAGGCCAAGCAGUUCUCACAACAGAACAGACAGCAAGACAGCAAUCAAAUACCAUGUUACCUUCUUCUUCACAAGCCUUAACCUCAGAAACAACCUCGCAUGAAUCCAUUACCAUGAAGAAAAUGGCAGUUGCUACAGCAGUUACAGAAUUAAAUGAAUUUCAGUCAUCUGCUACACCUGAAGUGACAGCAACACAUCAACUUUCUACAGUAACCUUUACUGAUUCACAACAGGCAGCCACGGAGCAAUCAACCAUUAAACUGUCUAAUGCUGCUGUACAAGAUACAACCCUUUUGACAACCAUGGAAUCAAGUACAUUACUGCAGUCCUCCAGUACACCUAAACAAACAGAACUACAAUCUACUUCAUUAUCACAAGAGCCAGCACAGGAGCAGAUCACAACACAAAGCACCCCCUUUAACACAACUCUUACUGAGUCAACAGGGGAACAUCAGUCCAUUACAUCAGAGGAAAAAACAACUAUUAUUGAGGUAAAAACAAAGCCACAGCUUACUACAGCAUUACUAGCGUCUACAGUAGAAAAAUCAACUCCAGAGCAAAGCUCAGUCAAUACAUUACUAGAAACUACAUCCUUUAAUGUAUCGUCAGCUACAGCAUUAAAUUUGUUUACUUCCUCAGACUUAACAGAACAAGCUUCAUUGAUGUCAUCUGUUAGUUUCACAGAAACAAAUACCCCUUCUGAUACAACUGCUUCUAAGUUAACCUCUGGGUGGCAUUCUGCUACAACAAUUCAUACUAGCACUGUACUGGAACAAGCAACUAAAUAUCAAACAACAACAGGGACUCUGACUCCUGCUGAGCAAGUGUUGACUUCAGCACAAGUUUCAGAUACUACUUCUGGUGAAACCACAAACACAGAAACAACUCCUGCUGCACAAUCAACUAUGAUAUUACAGUUUUCUUCUACAUCUCAACAGGCAAAAGAGCUGCAGUCUACUGCACAAUAUUUUACACCUACACCCCAUGAGACAACAUUAGCACUGAACUCGAUAAGCACUCCUCCUACCACAAGUCUUCAUAUAUUGUCAACAGAACAGUUGUACAGUACCGCUGCACAAACAACUGCUGUAAUGCAUGAGGCAAAAGAGUCACUGUCAUCUGCUGCAUUCUUUACUUCUUCACAAUCUACAAUCCUAGAACAAAGCUCUGAAACUACAGCUUAUGAAACCUCAAGCACAAAAACUGCAGCCAUGGAAUCAACUGCAUUACUUCAAACUUCUACUACACCUGAACAAACAAUACAAUUGCAGUCAACUGCUACAAUUCAAAAAACAACACAGGAGAAAAGCUCAGUAAACACCCUUUCUAGCACAAGUCCUCACUUAACUACUCAGAACUCUUUCAGUACAUCAGAAAAUGCAACUUCAUCACAAAAAAGAGCAGAACAGCAGUUAUCUACUGAACUACUUACUUUUUCAGAACAACAUAUGGCUCUUGACCAAACCUCAGAAACUACAUCUUAUGAAAUUAAUGCCACACUGACUGUAACAACAGCAGACUUUACAUUGUCUCAGUCUUUGCCUUCACCUGAACAAGAAGAAUUUCAGGCCACUACUGCAUCUGUUAGCUUCAUGGCAAUGUCAGUGGAACAGACCUCAACAAUCAGCCCUUCUGGUACAACCUCUUAUACAUCGCCAGCUGAACAGUCUCCCACUACAUCAUUACAAUUAACUACAACAACCCAGCAAACAAAAACGACAAAGUCAUACACGUACUCACUUAGCUCCUCUGAACAACUUACAGCUGACAUGCAAAGCAGAGCACCUAUAGCUCAAGAAAAUACCACUAUGCAUACUAAAGUCUCUGAAUCAAGUACAACUAUAGAAAAAACAGAACUGCUAUCUACUGAUGAAUCAGAAAGUUCCACUGUUCAAGAUACAAUACAAGGACAAAGUUCAGCGCACACAUAUAGGGGCACAUCUAUUGCUGUGACAGCAACAGAAAAACCUUCAAGUACACUGGUAAAAACAGCAACUGCAACACAAGUAACACAUCAGCAGUCACCCACACAGCAGCCUACUUUUUCUACACAACAUGUAAACAUUGUACAAAGCUCAGAAACUACAGCUCAAGAAACCACCACUACACAACCUGGAAUCAUGACAUCGACUGUAUUAGUCCAGUCUACUACUGUAACAAAACAGGCAACAGAAUUGCAGUCUACUGGUGAAUUAGCCAGUCUUACUGUACAAGAUACAACACAGGAGCAGAGCUCAGCAAGCAUGAAAACUGGCACAACUAUUGCUGUGACAGCAACUGAACAACCUUCAAGCACACUGGUAAAAACAGCAACUGCAACACAACAAGUAACACAUCAACAGUCACCCGAACAGCAGCUUACUUCUUCUGCACAUGUGAUCUCUGAGCAAAGCUCAGACACGACAUCUCAGGAAACACCCAGUAGACCACCUGGAAUCAUGUCAACAACUGUAUUAGUCCAGUCUUCUACUACAAUUAGACAGGCAACAGAACUGCAGUCUACCAGUGAAUCAGCCAGUCUGACUGUGCAAGACACAACACAGGCGCAGAGCUCAGCAAGCAUGCAAACUGGCACAACUAUUGCUGUGACAGCAACUGAACAACCUUCAAGUACACUGGUAAAAACAGCAACUGCAACACAAGUAACACACCAACAGUCACCCACACAGCAGCUUGCUUCUUCUGCACAACAUGUAAUCACUGUACAAAGCUCAGAAACUACAGCUCAAGAAACCACCAAUACACAACCUGGAAUCAUGCCAUCGACUGUAUUAGUCCAGCCUUCUACUAUAACUAAGCAGACAACAGAAAUGCAGUCUACCGGUGAAUCAGCCAGUCCGACUGUACAAGAUACAACACAGGGGCAGAGCUCAGCAAGCAUGCAAACUGGUACAACUACUGUUGUGACAGCAACUGAACAACCUUCUGAACAACCUUCAAGUACACUGGUAAAAACAGCAACUACAACACAACAUGUAACACACCAACAGUCACCCACACAGCAGCUUACCUCUUCUGCACAACAUGUAAUCACUGUACAAAGCUCAGAAACUACAGUUGAAGAAACCACCACUACACAACUUGGAAUCAUGGCAUUGACUGCAUUAGUCCAGUCUUCUACUAUAACUAAACAGGUAACAGAACUGCAGUCUACUGGUGAAUCAGCCAGUCUGACUAUACCAGAUGCAACACAGGGGCAAAGCUCAGCAAGCAUGCAGACUGGCACAGCUAUUGGUUUGAAAUCAAGUGAACAACCUUUAAGUACAUCAGUAAAAACAACAACUCUGACACAAGUAACACACCAACAGUCACCCACACAGCAGCUUACCUCUUCUGCACAACAUCUAAUCACUGUACAAAGCUCAGAAACUACAGCUCAAGAAACCACCAAUACAAAACCUGGAAUCAUGCCAUCGACUGUAUUAGACCAGCCUUCUACUAUAACUAAGCAGGCAACAGAACUGCAGUCUACGAGUGAAUCAGCCAGUCUGACUGUACAAGACACAACAAAGGUGCAGAGCUCAGUAAGCACGCAAACUGGCACAACUAUUGCAGUGACAACAACUGAACAACCUUCAAGUACACUAGUAAAAACAGCAACUGCAACACAAGUAACACACCAACAAUCACACACACAGCAGCUUGCUUCUUCUGCACAACAUGUAAUCACUGUACAAAGCUCAGAAACUACAGCUCAAGAAACCACAAAUACACAACCUGGAAUCAUGCCAUCGACUGUAUUAGUCCAGCCUUCUACUAUAACUGAGCAGACAACAGAACUGCAGUCUACCGGUGAAUCAGCCAGUCCGACUGUACAAGAUACAACACAGGGGCAGAGCUCAGCAAGCAUGCAAACUGGUACAAUUAUUGGUUUGAAAACAAGUGAACAACCUUCAAGUACACCAGGAAAAACAGCAACUCUGACACAAGUAACACACCAACAGUCACCCACACAGCAGCUUACCUCUUCUGCACAACAUCUAAUCACUGUACAAAGCUCAGAAAGUACAGCUCAAGAAACCACCAAUACAAAACCUGGAAUCAUGCCAUCGACUGUAUUAGACCAGCCUUCUACUAUAACUAAGCAGGCAACAGAACUGCAGUCUACCAGUGAAUCAGCCAGUCUGACUGUACAAGACACAACAAAGGUGCAGAGCUCAGCAAGCAUGCAAACUGGCACAACUAUUGCAGUGACAGCAACUGAACAACCUUCAAGUACACUAGUAAAAACAGCAACUGCAACACAAGUAACACACCAACAGUCACCCACACAGCAGCUUGCUUCUUCUGUACAACAUGUAAUCACUGUACAAAGCUCAGAAACAACAGCUCAAGAAACCACCAAUACACAACCUGGAAAAAUGCCAUCGACUGUAUUAGUCCAGCCAUCUACUAUAACUGAGCAGACAACAGAACUGCAGUCUACCGGUGAAUCAGCCAGUCCGACUGUACAAGAUACAACACAGGGGCAGAGCUCAGCAAGCAUGCAAACUGGUACAACUAUUGUUGUGACAGCAACUGAACAACCUUCUGAACAACCUUCAAGUACACUGGUAAAAACAGCAACUGCAACACAACAUGUAACACACCAACAGUCACCCACACAGCAGCUUACCUCUUCUGCACAACAUGUAAUCACUGUACAAAGCUCAGAAACUACAGUUGAAGAAACCACCACUACACAGCUUGGAAUCAUGGCAUCGACUGCAUUAGUCCACUCUUCUACUAUAACUAAACAGGUAACAGAACUGCAGUCUACUGGUGAAUCAGCCAGUCUGACUAUACCAGAUGCAACACAGGGGCAAAGCUCAGCAAGCAUGCAGACUGGCGCAACUAUUGGUUUGAAAUCAAGUGAACAACCUUUAAGUACAUCAGUAAAAGCAACAACUCUGACAGAAGUAACACACCAACAGUCAUCCACACAGCAGCUUACCUCUUCUGCACAACAUCUAAUCACUGUACAAACCUCAGAAACUACAGCUCAAGAAACCACCAAUACAAAACCUGGAAUCAUGCCAUCGACUGUAUUAGACCAGCCUUCUACUAUAACUAAGCAGGCAACAGAACUGCAGUCUACCAGUGAAUCAGCCAGUCUGACUGUACAAGACACAACACAGGCACAGAGCUCAGCAAGCAUGCAAACUGGCACAACUAUUGCAGUGACAGCAACUGAACAACCUUCAAGUACACUAGUAAAAACAGCAACUGCAACACAAGUAACACACCAACAGUCACCCACACAGCAGCUUGCUUCUUCUGCACAACAUGUAAUCACUGUACAAAGCUCAGAAACUACAGCUCAAGAAACCACCAAUACACAACCUGGAAUCAUGCCAUCGACUUUAUUAGUCCAACCUUCUACUAUAACUGAGCAGACAACAGAACUGCAGUCUACCGGUGAAUCAGCCAGUCUGACUGUACAAGAUACAACACAGGGGCAGAGCUCAGCAAGCAUGCAAUCUGGUACUACUAUUGGUUUGAAAACAAGUGAACAACCUUCAAGUACACCAGGAAAAACAGCAACUCUGACACAAGUAACACACCAACAGUCACCCAAACAGCAGCUUACCUCUUCUGCACAACAUCUAAUCACUGUACAAAGCUCAGAAACUACAGCUCAAGAAACCACCAAUACAAAACCUGGAAUCAUGCCAUCAACUGUAUUAGACCAGCCUUCUACUAUAACUAAGCAGGCAACAGAACUGCAGUCUACCAGUGAAUCAGCCAUUCUGACUGUACAAGACACAACACAGGCGCAGAGCUCAGCAAGCAUGCAAACUGGCACAACUAUUGCAGUGACAGCAACUGAACAACCUUCAAGUACACUAGUGAAAACAGCAACUGCAACACAAGUAACACACCAACAGUCACCCACACAGCAGCUUGCUUCUUCUGCACAACAUGUAAUCACUGUACAAAGCUCAGAAACUACAGCUCAAGAAACCACCAAUACACAACCUGGAAUCAUGCCAUCGACUGUAUUAGUCCAGCCUUCUACUAUAACUGAGCAGACAACAGAAAUGCAGUCUACCGGUGAAUCAGCCAGUCCAACUGUACAAGAUACAACACAGGGGCAGAGCUUAGCAAGCAUGCAAACUGGUACAACUAUUGCUAUGACAUUAAUUGAACAACCUUCAAGUACACUGGUAAAAACAGCAACUGCAACACAACAAGUAACACAUCAACAGUCACCCAAACAGCAGCUUACUUCUUCUGCACAUGUGAUCUCUGAGCAAAGCUCAGACACGACAUCUCAGGAAACACCCAGUAGACCACCUGGAAUCAUGUCACCAACUGUAUUAGUCCAGUCUUCUACUACAAUUAAACCGGCAACAGAACUGCAGUCUACCAGUGAAUCAGCCAGUCUGACUGUGCAAGACACAACACAGGCGCAGAGCUCAGCAAGCAUGCAAACUGGCACAACUAUUGCUGUGACAACAACUGAACAACCUUCAAGUACACUGGUAAAAACAGCAACUGCAACACAAGUAACACACCAACAGUCACCCACACAGCAGCUUGCUUCUUCUGCACAACAUGUAAUCACUGUACAAAGCUCAGAAACUACAGAUCAAGAAACCACCAAUACACAACCUGGAAUCAUGCCAUCGACUGUAUUAGUCCAGCCUUCUACUAUAACUAAGCAGACAACAGAAAUGCAGUCUACCGGUGAAUCAGCCAGUCCAACUGUACAAGAUACAACACAGGGGCAGAGCUCAGCAAGCAUGCAAACUGGUACAACUAUUGUUGUGACAGCAACUGAACAACCUUCUGAACAACCUUCAAGUACACUGGUAAAAACAGCAACUGCAACACAACAUUUAACACACCAACAGUCACCCACACAUCAGCUUACCUCUUCUGCACAACAUGUAAUCACUGUACAAAGCUCAGAAACUACAGUUGAAGAAACCACCACUACACAGCUUGGAAUCAUGGCAUCGACUGCAUUAGUCCACUCUUCUACUAUAACUAAACAGGUAACAGAACUGCAGUCUACUGGUGAAUCAGCCAGUCUGACUAUACCAGAUGCAACACAGGGGCAAAGCUCAGCAAGCAUGCAGACUGGCACAACUAUUGGUUUGAAAUCAAGUGAACAACCUUUAAGUACAUCAGUAAAAACAACAACUCUGACACAAGUAACACACCAACAGUCACCCACACAGCAGCUUACCUCUUCUGCACAACAUCUAAUCACUGUACAAAGCUCAGAAACUACAGCUCAAGAAGCCACCAAUACAAAACCUGGAAUCAUGCCAUCGACUGUAUUAGACCAGCCUUCUACUAUAACUAAGCAGGCAACAGAACUGCAGUCUACCAGUGAAUCAGCCAGUCUGACUGUACAAGACACAACACAGGCGCAGAUCUCAGCAAGCAUGCAAACUGGCACAACUAUUGCAGUGACAGCAACUGAACAACUUUCAAGUACACUAGUAAAAACAGCAAAUGCAACACAGGUAACACACCAACAGUCACCCACACAGCAGCUUGCUUCUUCUGCACAACAUGUAAUCUCUGUACAAAGCUCAGAAACUACAGCUCAAGAAACCACCAAUACACAACCUGGAAUCAUGCCAUCGACUGUAUUAGUCCAGCCUUCUACUAUAACUGAGCAGACAACAGAACUGCAGUCUACCAGUGAAUCAGCCAGUCCGACUGUACAAGAUACAACACAGGGGCAGAGCUCAGCAAGCAUGCAAACUGAUACAACUAUUGGUUUGAAAACAAGUGAACAACCUUCAAGUACACCAGGAAAAACAGAAACUCUGACACAAGUAACACACCAACAGUCACGCACACAGCAGCUUACCUCUUCUGCACAACAUCUAAUCACUGUACAAAGCUCAGAAACUACAGCUCAAGAAACCACCAAUACAAAACCUGGAAUCAUGCCAUCGACUGUAUUAGACCAGCCUUCUACUAUAACUAAGCAGGCAACAGAACUGCAGUCUACCAGUGAAUCAGCCAGUCUGACUGUACAAGACACAACACAGGCGCAGAGCUCAGCAAGUAUGCAAACUGUCACAACUAUUGCAGUGACAGCAACUGAACAACCUUCAAGUACACUAGUAAAAACAGCAACUGCAACACAAGUAACACACCAACAGUCACCCACACAGCAGCUUGCUUCUUCUGCACAACAUGUAAUCACUGUACAAAGCUCAGAAACUACAGCUCAAGAAACCACCAAUACACAACCUGGAAUCAUGCCAUCGACUGUAUUAGUCCAGCCGUCUACUAUAACUGAGCAGACAACAGAACUGCAGUCUACUGGUGAAUCAGCCAGUCCGACUGUACAAGAUACAACACAGGAGCAGAGCUCAGCAAGCAUGCAAACUAGUACAACUAUUGGUUUGAAAACAAGUGAACAACCUUCAAGUACACCAGGAAAAACAGCAACUCUGACACAAGUAACACACCAACAGUCACCCACACAGCAGCUUACCUCUUCUGCACAACAUCUAAUCACUGUACAAAGCUCAGAAACUACAGCUCAAGAAACCACCAAUACAAAACCUGGAAUCAUGCCAUCGACUGUAUUAGACCAGCCUUCUACUAUAACUAAGCAGGCAACAGAACUGCAGUCUACCAGUGAAUCAGCCAGUCUGACUGUACAAGACACAACACAUGCGCAGAGCUCAGCAAGUAUGCAAACUGUCACAACUAUUGCAGUGACAGCAACUGAACAACCUUCAAGUACACUAGUAAAAACAGCAACUGCAACACAAGUAACACACCAACAGUCACCCACACAGCAGCUUGCUUCUUCUGCACAACAUGUAAUCACUGUACAAAGCUCAGAAACUACAGCUCAAGAAACCACCAAUGCACAACCUGGAAUCAUGCCAUCAACUGUAUUAGUCCAGCCUUCUACUAUAACUGAGAAGACAACAGAAAUGCAGUCUACCGGUGAAUCAGCCAGUCUGACUGUACAAGAUACAACACAGGGGCAGAGCUUAGCAAGCAUGCAAACUGGUACAACUAUUGCUAUGACAUUAAUUGAACAACCUUCAAGUACACUGGUAAAAACAGCAACUGCAACACAACAAGUAACACAUCAACAGUCACCCAAACAGCAGCUUAUUUCUUCUGCACAUGUGAUCUCUGAGCAAACCUCAGACACGACAUCUCAGGAAACACCCAGUAGACCACCUGGAAUCAUGUCACCAACUGUAUUAGUCCAGUCUUCUACUACAAUUAAACAGGCAACAGAACUGCAGUCUACCAGUGAAUCAGCCAGUCUGCCUGUGCAAGACACAACACAGGCGCAGAGCUCAGCAAGCAUGCAAACUGGCACAACUAUUGCUGUGACAGCAACUGAACAACCUUCUGAACAACCUUCAAGUACACUAGUAAAAACAGCAACUGCAACACAACAUAUAACACACCAACAGUCACCCACACAGCAACUUACCUCUUCUGCACAACAUGUAAUCACUGUACAAAGCUCAGAAACUACAGUUGAAGAAACCACCACUACACAACUUGGAAUCAUGGCAUCAACUGCAUUAGUCCAGUCUUCUACUAUAACUAAACAGGUAACAGAACUGCAGUCUACUGGUGAAUCAGCCAGUCUGACUAUACCAGAUGCAACACAGGGGCAAAGCUCAGCAAGCAUGCAGACUGGCACAACUAUUGGUUUGAAAUCAAGUGAACAACCUUCAAGUGCACCAGGAAAAACAGCAACUCUGACACAAGUAACACACCAACAGUCACCCACACAUCAGCUUACUUCUUCUGAACAACAUGUAAUCACUGUACAAAGCUCAGAAACUAGAGAUCAAGAAACCACCACUACACAACCUGGAAUCAAGGCAUCAACUGUAUUAGUCCAGUCAUCUACUAUAACAAAACAGGCAACAGAAUUGCAGUCUACUGGGGAAUCAGCCAGUCCAACUGUACAAGAUACAACACAGGGGCAGAGCUCAGCAAGCAUGCAAACUGGCACAACUAUUGCUGUGACAGCAACUGAACAACCUUCAAGUACACUGGUAAAAACAGCAACUGCAACACAACAAGUAACACACCAACAGUCACCCACACAGCAGCUUACCUCUUCUGCACAACAUGUAAUUACUAUACAAAGCUCAGAAACUACAGUUGAAGAAACCACCACUACACAACUUGGAAUCAUGGCAUCAACUGCAUUAGUCCAGUCUUCUACUAUAACUAAACAGGUAACAGAACUGCGGUCUACUGGUGAAUCAGCCAGUCUGACUAUACCAGAUGCAACACAGGGGCAAAGCUCAGCAAGCAUGCAGACUGGCACAACUAUUGGUUUGAAAUCAAGUGAACAACCUUCAAGUGCACCAGGAAAAACAGCAACUCUGACACAAGUAACACACCAACAGUCACCCACACAGCAGCUUACCUCUUCUGCACAACAUCUAAUCACUGUACAAAGCUCAGAAACUAGAGAUCAAGAAACCACCACUACACAACCUGGAAUCAAGGCAUCAACUGUAUUAGUCCAGUCGUCUACUAUAACAAAACAGGCAACAGAAUUGCAGUCUACUGGGGAAUCAGCCAGUCCAACUGUACAAGAUACAACACAGGGGCAGAGCUCAGCAAGCAUGCAAACUGGCACAACUAUUGCUGUGACAGCAACUGAACAACCUUCAAGUACACUGGUAAAAACAGCAACUGCAACACAACAAGUAACACACCAACAGUCACCCACACAGCAGCUUACUUCCACACAUGUGAUCUCUGAGCAAAGCUCAGACACGACAUCUCAGGAAACACCCAGUACACAACCUGGAAUCACGUCAUCAACUAUAUUAGUCCAGUCUUCUACUACAAUUAAACAGGCAACAGAACUGCAGUCUACUGGUGAAUCAGCCAGUCUGACUAUACCAGAUAUAACCCAGGGGCAAAGCUUAGCAAGCAUGCAGACUGACACAGCUAUUGGUUUGAAAUCAAGUGAACAACCUUUAAGUACACCAGUAAAAACAGCAACACUGACACAAGUAACUCAUGAACAGUCACCCACACAGCAGCUUACUUCUUCUGCACAACAUGUAAUCACUGUACAAAGCUCAGAAACUACAGCUCAAGAAACCACCACUACACAACCUGGAAUCAUGCCAUCGACUGUAUUAGUCCAGUCUUCUACUAUAACUAAACAGGAAACAGAUUUGCAGUCUACUGGUGAAUCAGCCAGUCUGACUGUACAAGAUAUAACACAGGGGCAGAGCUUAGCAACCAUGCAUACUGGCACAACUAUUGCUGUGACAGCAACUGAGCAACCUUCAAAUACACUGGUAAAAACAGCAACUGCAACACAAUUAACACACCAGCAGUCACCCACACAGCAGCCUACUUCUUCUGCACAUGUGAUCGCUGAGCAAAACUCAGACAAUACAUCUCAGGACACCCCCAGUACACAAUCUGGAAUUAUGGCAUUGACUGUAUUCACCGAGUCUUCUCAUAUAACUAAACAGGCAACAGAAUUGGAGUCUACUGGUAAAUCAGCCAGUCUGACUGUUCAAGAUACAACACAGGGGCAGAGCUCAGCAAGCAUGCUAACUGGCACAACUAUUGCUGUUACAGCAACUGAGCAACCUUCAAGUACACUGGUAAAAACUGCAACUGCAACACAAGUAACACACCUACAGUCAAUUGCACAGCAGCUUACCUCUUCUGCACAACAUGUAAUCACUGUACAAGGCUCAGAAACUACAGCUCAAGAAACCAUGACUACUCAACCUGCAAUCAUGGCAUCGACUGUAUUAGUCCAGUCUUCUACUAUAACUAAACAGGCAACAGAACUGCAGUCUACUGUUGAAUCAGCCAAUUCAACUCUACAAGAUAUAACACAGGGGAGGAGCUCAGCAAGCAUGCAAUCUGGCACAACUAUUGGUUUGAAAGCAAGUGAACAACCUUCAGGUACACUAGUAAAAACAGCAACUACAACACAAGUAACACACCAACAGUCGCCCACACAGCAGCUUGCUUCUUCUGCACAACAUGUGAUCUCUGUGCAAAGCUCAGACAUUACAUCUCAGGAACUUCCCAUGACACAACCUGGAAUCAUGGCAUCGACUGUAUUAGUCCAGUCUUCUACUAUAACUAAACAGGCAACAGAACUGCAGUCUACUGGUGAAUCAGCCAAUCCAACUGUACAAGAUACAACACAGGGGCAGAGCUCAGCAAGCAUGCAAACUGGCACAACUAUUGCUGUGACAGCAACUGAACAACCUUCAAGUACAACAGUAAAAUCUGCAACUCUGACACAAGUAGCACACCAACAGUCACCCACACAGCAGCUUACUUCUUCUGCACAACAUGUAACCACUGUACAAAACUCAGAAACUACAGCUCAAGAAACCACCACUACACAACCUGGAAUCAUGGCGUCGACUGUAUUAGUCCAGUCUUCUACUAUAACUAAACAGACAACAGAACUGCAGUCUACUGGUGAAUCAGCCAGUCUGACUAUUCCAGAUACAACCCAGGGGCAGAGCUCAGCAAGCAUGCAAACUGGUACAACUAUUGGUUUGAAAGCAAGUGAACAACCUUCAAGUACACCAGUAAAAGCAGCAACUGCAACACAUCAACAGUCAGCCACACAACAACUUACUUCUUCUGCACAACAUGUAAUCACUGUACAAAGUUCAGAAACUACAGCUCAAGAAACUACCACUACACAACCUGCAAUCAUGGUAUCGACUGUAUUAGUCCAGUCUUCUACUAUAACUAAACAGGCAACAGAACUGCAGUCUACUGAAGAAUCAGCCAGUCCCACUCUACAAGUUACAACAGAGGGACAGAGCUCCACUACAUCAGCUACAAAACAACAGACAACAUUAAUGCAAUCAUCCACUGCACUACGUGCAUCUUCAUUGCAGCACCCAACCUCUGAACAAACCUCAGAAACUCCAAUUCAUAAAAGCACCAUAGCAGAGCCCACAGGCAUGCAGUCUCCUAUAUCAUUCCGCUCUUCUGCUGCUUCAUCUGUAAAAACAACAGAACUGCAGUCUAUUGAUAUAUUAGUUACUUCCAUGUCAGAAAGUACAACACAUGAGCAGAGCUCACCAAGUUCUCCAUCCUCCAGAACUUCUGCAGUGUCUGUAACUAAACAGCCUUCUAGUAUGUCACAACAAACAACUACUUCAGUACAGCAACAGUCCUCCACUGAGCUGCUUGCAUCCUCUGCACCACACACAGUCUUUCAGCAAAGCUCAGAAACUGCAGCUCAUGCUGCUACCAUCAUGUGGACAACAACCAUGAAACCAAGUAUAUUAUCCCAUUCUUCCACUGCACAAGAGUUAAAAACAGAAUUGCAAUCUACUGCCACAUCAGGUACUUCCAGGGCACCAAAUACAGCACUGGAGCAAAGCUCAAAAAAUAGGCUUUCCAGCACCCCUCUUGAUACCUCCACAGCUGAUCAGCCUUCUAGUACAGCAGUACACACAACUAGUGUGAUGCUGCAGACAACCACUAUGAAGCAAUCAUCUUCUGAAGAUAUUAUAUCUUCUACACAAUAUACAACCCCUGUACAAAUGUCAGAAUCUACAACUCACGAAACCACCACUAUAAAAAGUACACCCACAGAAUCAACCCCAUUAUUCCAUUCAUUCGUUACAACUGAACAAACAACAGAAUUGAAGUAUACAACAAUGCCAGUUAGUUCCAUGGCACAAAAUACAACACUAGAGCAGAGCUCAGCAAGCAGACCUGCUGUCACACCUUUUGUUGUGUCCACUGUUGAACUGCUGUCCAGUACGUCGAUAGGAGCAUCAACUACAAAACAGCAGAUAACAGAACAACAGUCAUCUACUGAGUUGCAGACACAAUCUGAAAAACAUACAGUCUCUGAGGCUAGAUCAGACACUACAAAAUAUGAAACUACCACAAGACAAACUACAGCCACAGACUCAACUGUGCUAUUCCAGUCUUCUAAAAUACCUGAAAGUACAACAGAAUUGCAGUCUACUGCUGUAUUGGACAAUUCUAUGGGACAAAAAACUACACAGGGAGAAAGUUCAGCAAACACCAGCACAAGUCUUAACUUAUCACCAUCUAAACAGCCUUCCUCUGCACCGAUACAACCAACAAGUAUAAGAUGGACAACACUUGUACAACAGUCAUCACCUCAACAACAUACAUCUUCUGAGCAAUAUGCAGCCCAUGUUCUGACCUCAGAAACAUCAGCUCAUGAAACAACCACUAUGCAGACUACAGUUACAGAAUCAACUGCAUUAGUCCAGUCUUCUAUUACACCUGAAGAAACAACUGACUUAAAGCCUACUGCUGUAUCGCUUACUUCUAUGGCACAAAAUACAACACAGGAACAAAGCUCAACAAACAUCUCUUCUGACAAAAUGUUUGAGACAUCUCCAGUGGAACAGCCUUCUAGUACAUCAUUGCUGACAGCCAGUCUGACAAUGCAAACUACUACACUGCAAUCAUCCCCUGAAUGGUACACUUCUUCAGCACAAUAUACAAUCACUGUGAAAAAUUCAAAUGCUACAUCUGAUGAAACUACCACCAUGCAGAACACAGCCACUCCAUCAGCCCUAUUAGUUACAUCCUUUGCAACAGAUGAACAAACAACAGGAUUGCAAUCUUCUACUCCUCUAGAACUGCAUGCAACACAGGAUAAGAACUCAACAGUCUCCUCAAUCAUAAAAUCUCUUGAUGUAUCCACAGCUGAACAGCCUCUCACCACAUCACUACAAACAACCACUGCAAAGCAACUGACAACAGAACAACAGUCAGCCGCAGAGUUUAUUACUUCAUCUACACAGCAUGCAAUCACCCUGCAAAGUUCAAAAUCUACAGCUCUGGAGAUCACUGUCAUACAAACUACAGCCACAGAAACAACUACAUUAUUCCCAUCUUCUUCUGCACCCAAACAAGCUGCAGAUUUGGAGACUACUGUUUUACCAUUUACUUCCAUGUCACAAAUUAACACAGUGGAGCAGAUCUCAACAGGCAUAUCUACUGUCACAGCUUCUAUUGUAUCAUCCACAGAACAGCCUUCCUCUACAUCAGUAAAAACAACUGGUGCAAUAACACAGACAGAGGUGCAACAGUCAUUCCCUGAACAACGUAUGUCUUCUUCACAGCAUACCACCUUUGGCAAAAGCUCAGAAAAUACAUCUGAAGAAACUAACCCCAUACAGACACCAACCAUUGAAACAACAAUAUUACUACAGUCUUCUAUUACCCAUAAACAAACAACAGAACUGCAGUCUACAGCUGUAUCAGUUACUUCCAUGGCACAAAAUACUUCAUCUGAGUGGCAUGCAGUCCCUGAACGAAGCUCAGAAACUACUGUACAGAAACCUAGCACCAUGCAGACUACAGCCAUGGAAUCAGCCAUAUCAUCUACAUCUGCUAAAUCCCAAAGCAUAGAGACUGCAGGUAAUGAUAGCUCUGCCUUACUGACUGAAGCCACAUAUUCUUCUGCAGUACUCCAGUCUGCUGCUGCUAGUACGCCUGAGCAUAAACCAGAGCUGCAGUCUGUUGUAGCAUCUACAUUUAUAGCACAGAGCACUACACCAGAACAAAGUUCAGUAAUCUCAUCGUCUGGCACAAGUACAGAGCCCACACUAAGUAAACAAUCUUCCACAUUAACAACUAGUGUAACACAGCAGCCAAAUGCUCAUCAGUCAUCCACUGAACAGCAAACAUCUGCACAGUAUACAAAUCCUGGUGAAACUACAGGUGCAAACUCAACCAUGUCACUCAAUUCCUUGGUGACAACAGAACAAACCACAGAAUUGCAAUCUUCUACAGUAUCAAUUACUUCCACAGCACCAAAUGUAGCACAGGAACUGAGCUCAGCAAGUCCCUCUGAUAUCACAUUUCUUGGAGUUUCCACAGCUGAACAGUCUUCCAGCUCAUCACUACAAACAACUACAAAACAGCAGACAGAGCAGCAACAGCCAUCCACCAGCUUGCUUACUUCUGGAAUGUAUACAACAGCUAUACAAAGUUUACAAUCUACAACUCAAGAACUACUCACUAUACAGGCUACAGUCAUGGAAAUUACUUCUGCAGUAGCUGAACAAACAACAGACUUUAGCUCCAUGACACAAAAUGCCCCUCAGGAGCAGAUGCCAACAAGAACAGCUAUCGUCACAGCUCCGACUGUGUCAUCCACACAGAACUCUUCCACUAUGUCCUUAGAAAUGAUUACUGCAUUACACCAUACAGUGGUGCAGCAGUCAUCCUCUAAACAGGUUGCUUCCUCAUUACAGCAAACAGUCUUUGGCCAAAGCUCAGAAACUACAGCUCAUGAACACACUGUAGUACACACACCAGGCACAGAAUCAACUACAUUAGUUUCUACAACCCCAACUGAACAAACAACAGGGCUGCAAACUACAUCAGUCAUUUCCACAUUUGCAAAAGAUACAGCACAUGAAAAAGGCUAUACAAGCACUCCUGCUAGCACAACACUUACUUCAGUGCAAAUAUAUACAGAAGUACAAAUGACAAAAGAGCAAAAAUCAUCCACAGAGCUACGAAGUUUAUCUGCAGAACAUAAAAUAUCUGAUCAAAGCUCAGAAACUACUGCAUAUGAAACCACUACCACACUACCUGAAACUAUUCAAUCAACUACAUUCUUCAUUUCUGCUAUUUCAUCUGUACAAGCAGAGGAAGCAAUAACUUUAAAUGCAUCAGUACCUUCCAUAUUUCAAAAUAAAACACAGGAAGAAAUCACACCAAACACAUCUUCUAUCAUAAGUUCUGAGUUACCAUCAUCUGAACAGCCUUCCAGUAUAUCAGCAUUAAUUUCUACUAUAACAGAGCAAACAAGCAAGCAACCAUCAUCCCCUGAACUGUAUUUGACUAUACAGUAUACAGACACUGGGAAAAGUUCAGAAGCUACAGCCCUCGAAAGCACCAUUGUUCAAACUACAGCCACAGAAUCAAGCGCAUUAUUUGUAUCCUUGGUUACAACUGAAAAAACCACAGGACUGCACUCUUCUACUGUGUCAGUUAAUUCCAUGGCACUAAAUACAACUCAGGAUUUGAGCUUAAGAAGUCUUUCUAAUUUCACAAAAAUCUAUGAAACUCCAACAUAUGAAAUCACCACCGCACCGGCUGAACUCAUUCAGUCAACUACAACAUUCCAGACUUCUGCUACAGCCAAACAAGUAACAGAAUUGCAGUCUGUUGCUGCAUCAGUUAUUUCUAUGGCACAAAAUACAUCACAGGAACAAAGAUCACUAAGUACCUUAUCUGGUACAAGUCAUGGACUGUCAGAAACUGAGCAUCCUUCCAGCAUACCACUACAGUCAACUGCAAAACAACAGACAGCAGAGAAACAGACAUCUUCUGAGUUACUUAGUCCUUCUGCACAACAGACAACCCCUUUACAAAACACAAUCAUUACAACUCAGCAUCAUACUAGCAUCCCAGCUACAGCCAUGGAAACAGCCACAUCACUCACAUAUUUUACUACACCUGAACAGACAACUGGCUUGCAAGUUACUACUUUAUCACUUAGUUCUAUGACACAAAACACAUCACAGCCGCAGACAUCGACAAGCACACUUAAUGUCACAUUUCUGACAGAAUCAGCAGCUGAGCAGCCCUCCACUACACCUCUGAAAACAACUACUACAUUGCAGCAAACAUUACUGCAACAGUCAUCCACUGAACCACCAAUCUCUAUACAGACUCCAACCAUGGAGUCAACUAAGUCUGUCCAGUCAACUAUUGGAACAGAACAUGAAACAGCACUGCAGUCUACAGCUAUAUCCAUUAUGUCCAUGGCACAAGAUACAUCACAUGAGAAUAUUGCAACAGACACCCUUUCUGGUACAAGUACUGAGUUCUCAUCUAAGGAACAGCCUUCUUAUACCUCUUUACAAGGAUCUAGUAUGUCAGGAGCAGUGCAACAAUCACCAACAAAGCUGCUGUCUUCUUUACAGAAUAUAAUCAAUGCAAAACACACACAAGCUACAGCCCAAGAAACCACACCCAUGCAGACUUCAGUGAUAAAAUCAGCUGUAUUACUUAUGUCUUCUGCUGUGCCUGAACAAACAAAAGGAUUACAGUCUGCUGAUGCUGUAUCAUUGGUUAGUUCCACUGCACAAUACACCACACAGGAGCAAAUCACAUAUACAGCUACUGAUACAACAACCGGUUUGUUAGCAACUGAGCACCCUUCUGAUACAGCAGGACAAACAACUAAUACAACAUAUCAAACAAUGGAGCAAAAGGCAUCCACUGAACUGUCUACAUCUGCACAGCAUACAGUUUUAGUGCAGAAUUCACAAAGUGCAUCUCAUGAGCCCACCAACAUACAGACUACAUCCAUGAAAUCAACUGAAUUAUUCCAGGCUUAUACUGCAGCUGAGCAAACAACAAAAUUACAGCCUAUUGUUGUAUCAGUUUCUGUGGCAAGAGAUACAACAACUCAACGGAGUUCAACAAACACUCCAUCUGGCACAACAGUGAAGUCAUCAACUGAACUGCAGUCCACCAUGUUAGUGCAACCAGGUACUGCUAAAGAGCAGGUAGAUGAACUGAUGCACAGCAGUACACUACUUAUAUCUCCAGAAGGAGGUGCAGCUGCAGAUCAGAGAUCAUCAUCCACCACACAAGAAACUACAUUAAUGCUGACCAAUACUUCUGUGCAACCAACAACAUUACUGCAAUCAUCAGUUUCAAGUGAUUCAGUACCAGUAUGGCAAUUUCCUGCCACAUACUCAGUGUCCACCACUGCACUUGCUUCAGCCUCAGAGCAGAGCUUAGUGAAUACUGUUUCUGACAUAAACAGUUUUACAUCACCAGCUGACAAGCUUUCCACUAUGUUAAUCCAGACAAGCACUGAAACUAAGCAGACAAGCGGUCAUCUGCCACCCAGUGGGCAUCAUACAUCUGUACAAGGUGCACUCUCAGAAAAUACUCAGUUUACCACUUCAGAUAAACCUUCUACAAAGUGGGCAACUACUUCUGAGGAAAGCACUAUAUUAUUACACCAUUCUGCUACACCUGGGAAGACAACAUUGUUGCAGUCAGAUGAAGUAGCUGUUACUUCCAAACUGGAUGAGUCAACAUUAGAGCAGAGUUCAACAACCACACAUUUUGGUACAUCUUCUGAUGUUUCAGCAACAGAACAGCAAUCAAGCACAUUACUAGAAAAAUUGACUACAACAAAGCAGACAGCUGAACAAAAAUCAUCCACUAGAGAACCUACUUCUUCUACACAAGAUCUAAUCCUUGUAAAGAGCUCUGUAACCUCUGCUCUCCUGUCCACAACUGCAGAGACAACAAUAGAAGGAAUCACUUCAAUCCAGUCUUCUACUAUAAGUGAACAAACAACCGAACUACACUCAACUGCUUCAUCAUUUACUUCUAUGACACAAAAUACAACACGUGAGUGGGGCACAACAAACACCUCCUCUGGCUCAACAAUCACUGAGCCAGACACUGAACAAUCCAGUACAACAUUACAAGUAAGUGUUUUAUCAAAGCAAACAACAAGAUUACAGUCAGCAACUGAUUUGCUUACUUCUGCACAAGGCUCAACUCCAGAACAAUACACAACUUCAAAACAACCCUCAGCAAACCUAUCACUUGAAACAACUCUUGUAGAUACAAGCACUGCUGUGAAAUUGACUGCAUUAUUGCAGCCAUCUACUGCUACUGCUGGAUCAACAAAUGACUGGCCAUCUAAUGCUGCAUUUUUUACUCCCACUUCAAUGCUUCCAGCUUCAGAAGCUGCUUCAACAAACAUUCAGUCAAGCAGAAAAACUUCUGAAUCAACAAGUGUCCCACUUUCUACUUCAUCAUUUAAAACAACUGUUGUACCAGAGCAGACAAGCAAACAACAAUCUUCUCCUGCUAUGACAACUUUUACUACACAAGACAAAACUCCACAACUCAUCUCAGAAACCACCCUAAAUGGAAUAACCACUUCAGUGAUGACUACUGAAGAACCACAGCAGAUCAAUACAAAAUCUUUGACUGACACAGCCUUGAUUGAGUCAACAUCUGAACACUUUUCCUCUAAAUCAUUUCAAACAGUUAUUGAAACAGAACAGACAGCCAAGCAACAGUCAACCUUUUCUGCACGAGAACAAAGCUCAAAUCCCAUUCCAUCUAGCACAGACAGUAAAGAAGUAACAGCUACACAGCAAUUCACUGCAUUAAUGCAAACAAUCUUUCUAACAGAGCAGACAACACAGUUACAAACAAUCACUAAACCUUCUACUUCUCUGCCUGUGCAGGUCACACGUUCUGGGCAUAGUUCAGUUACUGCUAUGGAGGAAGCCACCACUACAAGCAUGGCUUCCCAAUCAAGUGCUGAAUUCCAUGUCUCUACUAUACAUGAUGUGCAGUCAGUGUUUCCAUCCACUGUUGUGUUGUCUGCUUCCACAGCACAGGUUACAGCACAGCAGAAAUCUGAAUAUACUCUAUCUGGGCCACUUAUGUCUGUGUCAAUGACUAAAGACCAAAGCACUCCAUUGGUUCAGGCUACUAGUGCAGCAGAAUGGACAACUUUUCAUCAGAAGACUACUGGACUCCAGACUUCUGCACAGCAGUCAACUACAGAGCACAUCCCAGUAAGCAUGUCACAUCUCAGUACUACGACUAUGACAAGUACUGCUGUGGAAUCAUCUACCCCAUAUGAACUGACAGCAGAAGCACACACUGCAGCUGCUACUCUGACAUUAACUGCAGUGAGGACAACACAGGAGCAGAAUUCAACAAGCAGCUUUUCUGCCAUUACCACAGCUGAGACAAUAUCCAAGCAGCAUUCCAUCACACCAUUUCAAAGAACUCCAACAGAGCAUAUAGGUGAACAACAAUCUACAUUAUUUCAAACACCUAAUGUAGGACAACAAUCAAAUAAGCAGUUGUCAUCCACUGUAAUGCCUAUUUCUGCUGUGAAAGACACACCUCAGGCACCCAGCUCAAAAAUCUCAGUGUAUGAAACCUCCAUUAUUGAAAUAACUACUGCUGAGAAACCAAGUACUUUAUUGCUAUCUUCAGCUCCUAAUGGGCACAAAACAGAACAAGUAACAGGGUACAAAACUGGUCAGGAGUCAACCACUGAGACACUUACAUAUGUUAAAGAAAACACAGAUACAGAGUACAGGUCACUCUUCACCCCACGCGAAACAGAUGUCACUGAGUUAACUGCAGAGUGGUCCAGCAUGGCUACUAACCCUGUGCAUACAGCUGAAUCAAAAACUGAGCAGCAACAAAUGUCUACAAAGCCAACUGCUUCUACUGAACAAACUGCUCUAAAACAAAGUUUAUUAAGCACUUUACAUGAAACCAUCAAUGUUGUGCCUAUUUAUAUAUCGACAAAUGAGCCAGAGUCAACCAUUGGACCUGCUGAUUCUAAUAAAACAGUUACAAUGAUAGAGCAGACAUCUGCUCAUGAAACUAACAGUUUCAAGUCAAGUACAACAGAGGCAUCUGCCUCUUCACUGCAGUUUACCUUGGCUUUUGGACUAACAACCAAAGAACAACAUACACAUUCCACUGCAGGAGAACCAACAUUGAAACAAAUGCCAACAUCAACCUUGCAUGAUGUAACUAGUUUAAUAUCAUCUACUGGCAGGGAAUCCAGCACCAUUCAACAGCCAAGUACAAUAAGAGAACAGAGCACCGGGGCAACUACUGUGUCUACCAAUGCUGUGGCUUCGGGAGGUGAGAUGUUGCUAUCAACAAGCAUUUCUGAAAGAUACACUAAGGCAACUGAAGCCACAACCAUCGCAGAGUCAUCCUCCUUGCAAGGAGCAACAGCAUCGUCUGCCAUAAUACUAACCUUAUCCUCUGAGGUUACACUCAGCUUAACAACAAAGGCAUCAACAGCUCAGUCAAAUAAUAGUGCCUUUAGUACCACAUCAGUUACAGCAGUCAGUGAAAAAAAUGCUUCCCCUGAGCCUAUGAAAACAGACACUGUCUUUUCACCUAGCACAGCCAGUGUCACAUCUCUGCUUCCCAGUACAGUCUUGUCAACUACUGUACCACCUCACAUGACCACCACAGAAGGAGCUUCCUAUAAAACUACAUCACUACUGAAAACUGCAGCCACUGCUCUGAAGCAAACUACUCAGACUCCAGCUGAAAGCCUAUCCACUGCAUCCACUCUGGGGACAAUAGAAACAGCUACAUCAAGUGCACCCACAGGCACAGCCUCAGUAGGCACCCCUUUGUUUGCUGUUUCAUCUCCAUCAUUCACUACCAGUGCAGACUCAGAUAAAAUUUCUACCCACAAUGCUACUGUUCCCUUGACAAGUCCAGCAGCCACAAGUUUAUCUACAGCUACAGCAAUGUUCUCAACAAAAGUUUUCAUGGCACCAAACACAGCAAGUUCGUAUCACUUAAAUACUACACAUUUAUUUACAGAAGAAGCAAGCAGCAUUUCUGGCUCAGCAUCUCCUUCUGUUAUCAUUUCAAACAUGGCAACAACAUUAACUAGCAAUGCAGCAAAUGUUGUAGCAGCAGCAACAGCAACUCCACAACCACCAUCAACAACAACAACAACAACAGCAACACAAGUAUCUGUGGCAACAGACAGUGAUUCAGUAAGAGUUCCAAUCAUCCCAGUCACAGAAACAAGCCACAGUUCUUCAUCCUCUCUGCCAGAAACCAUCAGAAUACCUAUGUCAAGCACUACAGUUGAAGUUACAUCAUUGACUGCAAACAGCUCAUCCACACUUAUGGACUCACCCACCAGAUCAAUGGAUGCAGCAGUGCCUAGCACAGUAACCUUUCAGACAGUAAUUAAUACAACUGCACCCACUGCAACAGUCACCGGAAAUGUACUGACAAAGACAACUACCACAGUUGCACCUAUAACAGUUACAUCAGGAGGGAUCUCAACCACUGCUGCUCUUGCUUUACAAACCUCUAAUGGCAAACCCAUGACUAACAGUACAGGGGCAAUAACAACCACUUUGUCUUCUGCAACUUUAACAGCAGGAAAUGCCACUACAGAUGCCAGUAUAAUACAGCAGUAUACAAAUGCCACAUUUCCUAUAAUGGUAUCCUCACAAACAAGCUCUACAACAAAUAUACCUCCCCUAAAAGUUUCAGUGAGUUCCUCCACAGAAAAUUCUACAGCUAAUCUUGGUAUAGUAUCUUCAACAAAAGUAGUAGAAACUAUUUCUACUUCUUAUGUUAAUGAAACCACUUUCAAUGCAACUGCAGAUGCAAAACAUAUUGUUAGUAACUCUCAAGCAUCACAAACAAGCAGCACAACUGUAGCAGCACAUUAUUCAGCAACUUCUUCUGUCUCAAAUGUUAGCAAUUCAGCUGUAGCUGCAUCAGCAUCAACCACUGCACAUCCAAAUUCAUCUGCUGCAAUGUCAGCUAGAGUGAGUGCUGUUACUGUUGCAGCAGCUGUCCCCACAGUUACUACAGACGUUAGUCAUACAAUGAACAUAACAGCUUCUCCAAAUUCUUCUGUGAUACUUACAUCCAGGUCUGUGUCCAUGGUCAGUGGAAAGCCAUCUGUGAACAAUGCUUCUGCAGCUACAACAGCAACCAGUUCUGCAACUACUAUGAAUGCAGUCGCUGCUACUGCUUCUUCUAAUGCUACUACAGUUAGACCUACAGAGAAUGAACCUGCCUCCCCAUCUUCUGUUUCUACUGCAAUAACAGGAACUCUCUUUACAAACAAUUUAGCACCUGUACCUGCACCAACUACAGCAAAUUCUACCACUACAGCAACUAUUACUGUCACAACUACAGUUACAAACCCUACAACUUCUACUACUACACGUUCUGCAACUUGCACACCAAAUGUGAUUCACUAUAUAAUACUGGAAAAAGCCAGCAGUGAAGCUAUCCAGAUCAGCUGGGUCACAAGCGGAAGCCAAAAUAACAUUCAGUAUACAGUCACCCUGUAUAACCAAGACAGUCAACAAACAAAUCUAACAGUCACUACUGGAACCCGAGCAGCCUUUGUUGAUCUACUGCCUUGUUAUUUGUAUACUGUGUCGGUACAAAUGUCAACCUGUGACACUAUACAGAAACAAGAAGUGACCGCUAAGACUGCUUGUAAAAUAUAUAAUGGCAAAACAAAAAUCCUUAAUCGUUCAUAUCAACCUGAAAUGGCAGACCAGUCCAGCAAAGCAUUUCAAGAUUUUUAUACAGAGUUCGUCACGCAGCUGAAAGCAAACUUAAUCGAUACAAUCACUGACUAUCUUAAAUCUGGAAAAAUGCGUGUAGUAAUCAAUAGCCUCCGGAAUGGAAGUGUGGAUGUUAAGUUUUAUAUUGCUGCUGCUCUGGAAGUGCCACUGACAUUACAAGAGAUCUCAGAUUCCUAUAUAAAAGCCCUUAACAAAAGUGACCUACAGAUUGACCUCCGGGUAACAGAAAUAGCUGCAACAAACAGCUGUGCCGUAGGACUAAAUGACUGCUCUCAGAAUGCACUGUGCACUCCUAUAGGAGCAACAUAUUCCUGUAGCUGUUUGCCUGGCUUUGUGGAUCUGAGUCCCAAUGUUCCUGGAAGAACUUGUCAAGAUGUAGACGAAUGCUCCAAUGGCAACAACACCUGUUCAGUUCUAGCCAGCUGCACUAACACAAUAGGUAGCUACAGCUGUAAAUGUUUCAGCGGCCUGAAUGACCCGAGUCCAUCAAAUCCUGGAAGAAACUGUUCAGACCCAGUUGCAUGUUUCAAAGCAAGCAAUGACCUUUGUGCAGCAAACAUCAGUUGCCUCUUAUCAAAAAAUGCCAUAUGUGCACGUAAACAGGCCUUUAAAUGUACUGUUAAAUUAGCCAACAUGACCUUCAACAUCUCUUAUUAUGACCCAAGCAGCCAGGCAACUCAAGAUUUGUCCCGACACUUCUUAAAUGAGAUUGUUCCACUGAUGAGGACAAAGCUGAAUGAUGAUACUUACGAUAUUUCUAUUGUUGGAUUUCGAAAUGGAAGUGUCGAUUCUUAUUUCAUGUCUCUCCUAAGUGGACAAAACACUGUUCAACUAAGCGUAUUGCAGGAUGCCCUCACUGCAGCAGUGAGGGAAAGGCUUGACAGAGGGGCAACAGUCACAAUAGAAGGCGUAAACACUUCAGCAGUUACUGCAGCCACAGGCCAAGACGAAAACCCUGCAUGGAGAAUAGCAGUGAUUGUGUUAGGAGUCUUAUUUGGAGCGGCAUUACUUAUCAUAUUAUUGAUUCUCUUGGUUGUUAUUUUUAUUAAGAGGAGAACUAAAAACUAUACAUUUAAUCCACAAGGACUCAUGGGAAACUUCUCUUAUCAGUACAUAUAGAAAAUGACUCAACUCCAGUAUUGGUAUGCCAGAUUUGUUCUUUAUUUAUCUCAAGGUCCUUGAGGGUAUUGAACAUGAAAUAUUUUCAAAAGUCUGGAGCAAGUAGGAGCAAUCUGGUGCUGUUUAAAAGACUCCAAGUAUUUAUUUAUGUAGCUGCUGCCUUUCAGCCAACUGUUUCAGAAAUGUAUUUGUGCCAGCAUAGAAUGCUGCAUUUAAUGAUGCCCAGGUAUUGAAGCUAUUAUCAACGAACAUGGCAGAUAUAUGAAUUUAUUGAAUAUUUACCAAAGCGAUUCCAGAAAAAUGGAAAAUAUAAUGGAUGACUUCAUCAUAAAGAGUUUAUUCUAGAAGAUUAGCUAUGCAUACACUGCCAUAAGUCUGUGCAAAUUGUCCAUUACCCAGUUGUUCUGUGAACAACACAACAUCAGAUAAUGAGCUGCUAUGUACAGAAUAGAGAAAGAAAGAAACAUCUGUUGUACAUGAAAAACAUUAAAACUUCCACUUGCAAAUUACACCUUUGUGUUUUAAACUAUUAGUUCAGAACUACUGAGGUAAACAAAUGAUGAAUGGAAAGAUGAGGGAUAGCUAUUUUUAAGGAGCUCUGAAAAGAAAAAUAAAGAAUGUGUGAGUAGGUGUGUGUGUGUGUGUGUGUGUGUGUGUGUGUGUGUGUGUGUGUGUGUGUGUGUUAAGACCAAAACAUAUUACAUGUACUGUUAGGCUAGUGUGAAUUUGAUUGACAUACUCUCCAUGACUGGUUCCUAGUCUUACGUCUACUGCUUGAAGGGAUAGGAUUUGGCUCUAGAAAGACCCUGAGUAAAGAAGGUAUCAGAAAAUGAAUGAAUAUAGGGACACACCUACAAUUUACAUUGUGAAGGAAUCUUGUACACUUUCUUCUUGUUUUAAGUGCAAGUACCCCUAACUGUUCCUAUUUACAAAGAUGUGGUUGUGGGUGGAAUAAACUGUGUAGGUAAUUGCCAACUUUAACAUUAGUUUCUUGCAUAUGGCCAUAAAAUAUGAAGUUGCUUCUUUCCAUAGGUCAAGAUUCAUGCCUGUAUUUAGUAGUUUUUGUUUUUGUAUUACUGUAAGCCUUUAGAUUUAGUGGCUCACCAAAGCAUAUCAGUCUCCAGGGUUCUGAAGUAAAACUGUCCUGUUAACUCAUUCAUGUAAGUGGCAUAAUCUGUGUCCUCUCUACACAGUGAAGCCUCAGACCAAUUCCACAGAGUCUUUCCCAAGAAUGGUAGGGAAACAUAUACUGAAUGAUCAUUAUUUAUUCAUGGAUGAAACUUUAUAUUGACAGAAAAUGUCGCCAUGCUAGAAUAAAGUUUGUGCUAAAGUGUGUGUCAUUUUUAGAAAUAUUAGGGAAUAGCCUUCCAUUACCACGCAUCCCAUUCUAUAUCCAGCACUACCUGUCUGGAAAGCUAGCAUUUGUUUUAAAUAUCCCAGGUGGCACUGACAUAGCAGACAGAAUGCUAUACACCAGAAGAAAGGAGCUAUUUGCAAUAAAGAUACUCAUACUUUUUAUCAUUUAUGUUUAGAGAUACACCCACAAACUGUAACUUCAAACAACAAUAAAAGUGAUCCAAUUCAUCAUUUUCCUAGUAUUCUGCUGAAUGCAAGUUUAUGUUUAAAAAAUAUGUCUUUGUUGUUAUUCCACUGAUAUAAUCCUUUUCUUAUCUUAAAGGAAAAAUUAUGUGUAUUUUUAUAUGCAAGAGAAUGUUAAAAUAAGAUAACCAAGUAUGUUGCUUAUAAACAUGGUUUAACCUCGUAGCUGUUAUUUAUUGUGCCUGUGGGUUUAUGGACAGCAUAUGUAUACUUACUACUGCAUUUGAUUCAAUCACUACUGCAACAAAAUGGCAGCAGUUUUAUCUUUUUUGGGAAUAUUACAGCUUUCUUUAACUAAAUAAAUGAAGGAUGAUGUGUAACUUGAAUGAAAUUUGACAGAAAAAACAUGUUAAUGUAAGUUUUAGGUUUCAGAU